GAGGAUGUUGCACCAUCCAUGCCAUGCCCACUCUCGUACGGUACUAUAGACUAUAGCUGCCAGUAGUACAGACCAAGUGUUCCACAUAUAUAAUAGAGUACAUAUAUAAAUAGAUACUAAGGGGGCUAAAGGAGUAGCAGUACACAUACAUCAACACCACACAUAAUACUCCUACACCUUAAAGAGUUUCAGGCUCGCAUCAAAGCAUGGAUGACUUCACUUUCCCCACUUUCUAUACAGGAGGGCAGCUUCUUCCAUCAUCAGCAUUCCGACACCAGCUCGGCGGCGGCUCGCCUUUGCCGUGGUUCCUCGCCGCUGCCGGGGACGAGGAAGAGGAGGAGGAGGAGAAGAUGGACAUGCUGUGGGAGGACUUCAACGAGGAGCUCGCGAGCGUGCCGCCGCUGUGCCCGCUGAGCCCCGUGAUCAACAAGGGAUCAGCGCUGGCGAUGAAGGAGGCGGCCGGCUGGCUCGGUUACGACGGCGACAUGAUCGUCGUCGACCUGGAGAAGCACGGCAACGGCAAGCAUCCCCGCCGCCCACAUCCACAGGAUGACGGCAGGGUGGUCCGGCGCCGGAAGUGGAGCCUGAGGCUGAUGCUCAGGCUUCUCAAGAAGCUGUUCCUGGUCAAGAAGUCCAGGAACCCGAGGACUGCACCUGCACCCAUCUGAUCUGAUCCACCUCCAAGAAAUCAAUGGUGGAUGAGAUGAGUGAUACAAAACAGAGUAGUAGUGUGUGUGAGCGUAUAGUGCUCUAUACAAGUUAUUCUUUGAAGUUUUUUACUUGACGUUUCUCUCUCACCAGCUUGUUUGUUUUCUCCCUCCUCAAAGUCGUCGUGUUUUUCUUGCUAUCGAUAGUACUGUCCUACUCCUAACUACCUGUGUUUUGACUCUGAAUUCGAUACAUUGUUACUUUUGUUAGCAUUUGAAUUCCUCAUACGUUUGUUCUUUUAAUGAUCGAAAUGCAGCAGCAUUUGAUCGAUGUUCA